AUGCGCACUAUCCAGACCAUUGUCCCAAACUUCGCUGAACACAACAUGUCUAUUAGAAUGAUUAACGAGAAAUAUGCCAAAGAUUAUGCAACACGUCUUCAAAUGUACAUAGACAACCAAUGCUCGAGAGAUCAUACAUCUGAAGAAUCGCAAAAAAUAAUUAUUGUUCUAUCCUUUAUCAUAGUUGCGAUGGCUGCUACGAUUAUGAUUCUUUUCGUUGUGCAUUGUCGAUACAGGAGGCGAUUGCUGCAUCGAAAUCAACCUGAAAUCGAAGUUGACCUCCUCCGAAACCAUCCAACAUUUCGUGAGGUGAUUACGCUAUCAGACAGUCCUCUAGAACACUUGAAUGUGGUUCCCGUGGCUAUUUCUGCUACUCCUGAUCCAGCAAAAGAAAAUCUUCCAUCAUGGGCUCCUCUCGCUCGUCAUUCAACGACUUCUGCUCCGGCGACUCCGGUACCUCCACCGAAAUACCUACCCAUGCCAGUGAGACACAUCAGUCCAGCUAGUGAAGCUGAACUGGAAAAAGCUGGAUUCGAUCCACUUGAGGGUUCGUCACUACGAUAUCCUGCUAAUGAGUACCUGCGCCAGUACGAGAUGGAUAUUGUCAAAUCGUGCAUUGCUGUGAAUUCUACGAUCUCACUGCCAUUAGCUGUAUCGGCUGACCAUAUCUGUGCAGUUGUGGUUGUGAACUUUUUGAGGUGGUUCCCAAGAAGUCGUGCUAUAUACUGCUGCAAUUCCUUGGAAGCUGCUGAAGUUUUCCGAGAACGCGGUGCUGCUGUCGGCAUCAUAACCGAAGAGAUAUCUACAAUAGAUACAUUCCAAACAUUCAAAAAAUUACCGACGCACAAGAUUGGACGAGUAAUUGUGACUACUCCCCAGACUUUCGAAAAAAUUGUCGAGUCCGAUUCUACAGUAGUCGAGGAUAUUCGGUGCGUUGUAUUUUGUCUAGAAGCGUCCGAGAAUCUCCGCUUUACCAAAUACAAGAAUAUUGUUGGAGCACUGACUGUAAAAGGAAUCCUUUUUCGUGUACUCCUUGUAACCCCAUCAGUUCCAUCAACAUCGAGAAAAAUUGGUCCUUUGAGAAAGAGACAACAGCUUAUCACAUCGUUGCUAAUAUCACAAUGGAUCGAGCCUCCUGCAUCGGAUCCUUCUUUCAGAAAUCAUUCAAUACCGCUAGGUCUAUCAAUCGAAUAUUGUGAAAAUGUUGAGAUUUUGUCUGAGACGCGAUCAUUCAUCGAGAAAUGGAUAGAAAGAAGUGCGACGUAUUUGGAAAAACUUCAUGCUUUGAUUCCAUUGCCAUCCACCAGGCCAGAUCAACUCUUCACAUUAGACUGGGGACAAAUAGCUAUGAAGGCGAACUUCCUACCAAAUGACACGGUCCAGCUUGUCGUAAACUGCAUGUUUUUGGUGGAAGCUGCAAGGAAUCUGAUAAUCAAUGGUCCACGUGUAUUUCUUUUGUACUGCAUUGAUUUAUUUGGCAAAGCUGAAGAGGAUUCACGUGCUGGUCUUAUACAACUUAUGAUUCUUGAGGACGCAUUGCUAUCCAGGAUCUACCAUGAGAUACAGUCAAAGUAUCUUUAUAAUACAGAUUCGAUUUUCAACAUUUCUUUCAACAGCCUUUCACUCAAUUCACAUCCCAAAUUUCAUAGGAUCAAAAAGAUUCUGGCCAAAUUUCCUAGUCCGCUACGGUGUCUUGUACUUUGUGAGAACGGAUUUGUUUCCAAGGUUGUUUGUGAAUCUAACAACGAUACACCGCGUUUCCGCAAUUCCAUCGUACGAGUUCUAGCUCAUGAAGGACCACCAGCCGCAUUCCGUAAAUAUCAUCGUUUGCCAACUCAAUGCACUGGCCUGUUCAGUCGAACGAAUGAUGACGUCAUAGUAGUGAUGGGGAUGGAUAUAGCAGACGUGCAUAGUAUCAUCGAUACUAUGUGCUCUAAUAACCUCCAUGUUGUGAUUUCCAUGGACAGGAGUGGUCAACAUACAGCCAUACUGAACGAAGAGUUCGAGAAAUUGAGACCAAUGGAUGGACGAAUCUUGAAAGCAACGGACGAGCUGUCUUGUAGACGAAGUUCCCUAUUUGGAAGUACAGGCAUAAGCGCUAUCGAUAGAUACAACUUCAGCUUUGAGUUUAGUCGAUUACAGUUAGCUAGCAGCAAAAUGGAGUUAGUGCAGUAUCUUCCUAACAGUGCCAGGACAGCGGAUGCGGGUGGAGCCGUGGAGUGCCCUCAUCGUCACGGAUUUGAGUUAACUUCAGCUGAAUUCAGUGAAUACUGCGAUAGAUUAGCUGCUCUACCUGCUGUUCCGAGAGGGGUAUACACAAGAAACCAUGGGCUGGCUCUACUUGGAGAAAAAUUCGACGAUAUCGAUGCUCAAAAUCCAGAGAAUUUUGGUGAUGUUUCGAGUAGCACACUGAGCGAGCGAUUGAUGGAUUACAAUAAGGGGAUGGAAGCGAUAAAGAAGAGAAGAAAAACUUUGUUCAGCUACACAGAUGAGCUCGUGGAUAAGGAAAAAAUUGAAUUUUACGGUUCCUUGAUAGAGAAGUUAGAUAAGUUAUUAAGCAUAUGAAAAUAAAGUGUUGCG